CAACUAAAACCAAAAAUAUAAUAAAAGAAGAAGAAAAAUUAAGAAGAAGACAAAAAGAGUGAUUAACGUAACACAAAACUCCAUUAGAGUGUGAUGAGGAUUUAUCAACCGACCUUAUUAUCACUCACUACCGUCGUCUUACUCUACACUUCCGCAGCCGCUCCCGGUGGAUCACGGCAACUUCUAUACACCCGAGACGACCCUAUAACCAUACCACCAUACCUCAUCUUCGAAAACGUACGGCUCGAGAGAGCUUACGUGGCGUUACAAGCGUGGAAACGUACCAUGAUCUCUGACCCGUGGAACCUAACGGCUAACUGGUUCGGAUCACGUGUGUGUGACUACAACGGAGUAGUAUGCUCCUCAUCUCUCGACGACCCUUUGGUUAAAACCGUCUCCGGCGUCGAUCUAAACCAUGGAGAUAUAGCUGGUCACCUCCCUGAAGAGCUUGGCCUCUUAACCGACAUUGCUCUGUUUCACGUUAACUCGAACCGGUUCUGUGGUACCCUCCCGGUCGGGUUUUCGCAGUUGAGUCUCCUAUUCGAACUCGAUCUUAGCAAUAACCGGUUCGCUGGUAAAUUCCCGAAAGUUGUAAUCGGUUUACCGAAAUUAAAGUAUCUUGAUCUCCGGUACAACGAGUUCGAAGGUGAAUUACCCGAAUCUCUGUUCGACAAAGAUCUCGACGCUCUGUUCUUAAAUAGUAACCGGUUCGUUAGUAAAAUCCCGGUUAACAUGGGAAAUUCUCCGGUAUCGGUUCUAGUUCUUGCGUCAAACCGGUUUGAAGGAUGUAUACCGACGAGUUUCGGUAAAAUGGGUAAGACUCUGAACGAGAUCAUUCUCAUGGAUAACGGUUUACAAUCUUGUCUACCUGAUGACAUGGGGUUGCUUCGAAACGUGACCGUUUUGGAUAUUAGUUACAACUUGUUGGUAGGAGAGUUGCCUAAGUCGAUGGGGGUGAUGGAGAAUCUCGAGGUGUUGAACGUUGAGCGUAACAUGCUCUCUGGUGUAAUGCCGGAUGAGCUAUGCUCGCUUGAGAAGCUAAGAGAUUUUAGAUACGGGUCUAAUUAUUUCACCGGAGAACCAUCUACGUGUCGUUAUCUAGAGAACUAUAAUUAUACGAUGAAUUGUCUCAAGGAUACGAGGGAUCAAAGAUCGACGAUGGAGUGUACAGCGUUCUUGUCGAAACCUGUAGAUUGUGACUCUUUCAAGUGUAAUCCCGUCUCUUCGUGUUUUUCUCCUCCUCCAUCUCGGAUAGCACCAUCUCUGCAGCCAUCAUUGGCACCGGCACCGUCUCCAAAUCCACCGCCUCCGGCUAGACCAUGUCCACCGAUAUACUCAUCGCCUCCACCACCACCACAAGCUCAACAACCGGCGGCUCAGUUGAGGAACUAACCGAUCGAUAUCUAUGUGUGUAGAAACUAAAAAAGGGCAUGUGUUGAUGAGAAUGAGAUUGAUUUAGAUGUCGAAAGUAUAAAAGCCAAGAUGAGGUUACAAGUGAAGACAAUUACAACAAGCUGAAUAUCUUUAGGACACCAAGUGUAGACGGACUUGUCUUUUUUUUGUUUUUCUUAUAGAUUGCAUGCAUGUGUGUGUUUAUUUAAAUUGAACUUUAAUAUAAUAUUC